AUUUAAAUGCUGCUGUUAGUGUCCGAAAGCGUGAAAUAGAUAAAUAUUGAUACAGGUCAAUCGACAAAUUAUCAAAACUAAUAUUAAGAUACAAUUGUUUCCGUCGUUGGUAGCGUGCGGAUUAUCAUUGGGCAGCGGCCAUUUUGAGCGAACGCAGAAACGUCAUCAGCAGCAGCGCCUUGCCUUGUAUUUUUGACUGAAUUAUAAACAUCGAUAACUACCACAGUGCCGCUGUAAGCUUUUACGCGACAAAGUUAAGCUUAGUAAAUAUAAACAAAACACCAAAGUUCAAAACUCCCUCCUCCCCUUAAAUCAAUAUAAAAUAAUUAUAAUGGCUGAUGAAGAUAUUACUUUAAACGAGGAUCAGCUUCUGGAGUCGCUGGAAGAGACAAACGGCGAACAGGAGGCUGGGAUUGCGACUGAAGCAGAGGAGGAAGGCAGUAUGCAAAUCGAUCCAGAACUUGAGGCUAUUAAGGCCCGCGUCAAAGAAAUGGAGGAGGAGGCUGAAAAAAUAAAGCAAAUGCAAUCAGAGGUAGACAAACAAAUGGCCGGCGGUUCGACAACCGGUUUGGCCACUGUGCCGCUUUCACUUGAAGAGAAGCAGGAGAUUGACACACGGUCCGUGUAUGUGGGCAAUGUUGACUAUGGUGCAUCUGCCGAGGAGCUGGAGGCACAUUUUCAUGGUUGCGGCACCAUAAAUCGUGUUACUAUACUAUGCAAUAAGGCUGAUGGUCAUCCGAAAGGUUUUGCCUACAUUGAAUUUGGCUCGAAAGAGUAUGUAGAAACGGCGCUGGCUAUGAAUGAAACACUCUUCCGAGGACGUCAAAUUAAGGUCAUGUCGAAGCGAACCAAUCGACCUGGACUUUCAACCACAAAUCGCUUUGCGCGCGGCAGCUUCCGAGGCCGAGGAGCUCGCGUCUCUCGUGCCUGCUGUCAUUCAACUUUCCGUGGCGCUCGACGCGCAAUAAGAGGUUACCGCGGACGCGCCAAUUAUUAUGCGCCGUAUUGAUUUUUGUUUUCUUAACUUAUGUUUAGUAAGAUUUUUUUAAUAUAUAA